ACCACCGUCUUUCUCCUCCUCUCCGUGGUUUUUCACCCCCGCCGCCGCGGCCGACCGUCGGAGUUUUCUUUGAUUUUUGAGUUUUGAUGUGUAAUAUUGUUUUGAUUUGAUUUUUAGGGAAUAAUGUAUUUGAAGGAGGGGCGUUCUCUGCUGUUAAAAGUGCAAAAGCCUUCGGUUCCGUUUGUACUCAGCACAAACCCUAUCUUCGAUUUUCAGGGACCGCACCAUGAACAGAAUGAGCCAGGUACACCUUCUGUUGAAGAGUCACAAGUUAUAGAUAGAUUGAGAAACGAGAAGGAUAGUCUAGUUGCGUUAGAUUUCUUCAAAUCUGUAGCUAAUUCGGCGUCAUUUAAGCACACCCCUUCGACAUACGGUUUGAUGAUCGAAAAACUAGGGCGAAUAGGUGAAAUAGAUGGCGUGCAGUACCUCUUGCAGCAUAUGAAAUUGGAAGGGAUUCGAUGUUCGGAGGAUGUGUUUGUAAGCGUGAUCAAGUCAUAUAGUGUGGCUGGGGCAGCCAAACAAGCAUUGAAAAUGUUCUAUAGGAUCGGCGAAUUCGGUUGCUCGCCGACAGUUAGGAUAUACAACCAUCUGUUGGAUGCAUUGCUUAGUGAGGAUAGCUUUCAUUCGAUCACUCCAACUUAUGGUAAUAUGAAGAAAGAUGGAUUGGAGCCAAAUGUGUACACAUAUAACAUUUUGUUGAAGGCCCUUUGCAAGAAUAAUAGUUUGGGUGGAGCUCAUAGAUUGCUUGAGGAGAUGUCGAACAAGGGAUGCGAACCGGAUAAUGCUAGCUAUACUACAAUCGUGUCGUUUUUGUGUAAAUAUGGGAAGAUCAAUGAGGCUAGGGACUUGGUUUCAUAUUUUAUCCCGACUGUUCCUGUGUACAAUGCAUUGAUUAAUGGGUAUUGCCGAGCAGGACGGAUGAGAGAAGCAUUGGAGUUGUUGGGCGAGAUGGCAGAGAGGAGGAUCUCUCCUAAUGUGAUUACAUACAGUUCGAUUUUGAAUGGUUUAUCUGAUACCGGUAACAUUUACCUCUCUCUAGCGAUCUUGGGCAAAAUGUUUGCACAUGGAUGCAAUCCGAAUACUCAUACGUUUACUUCGUUGAUAAAGGGGUUAUCCUCAAAGGGUAGAUUUGGUGAAGCUUUUGAUGUAUUGUGUCGAAUGCAAAAUGAUGGAAUAUUACCAAAUGAAGUGACAUAUAACACGCUAAUGCAUGGCCUUUGCUUGUCGGGGAAUAUGAAGGAGGCCGUUUUUGUUCUUGACAAAAUGGAGAAAAACGGGUGCAUUCCAAAUGUACGAAGCUUUAGUAUCCUCAUUGAUGGGUUUGCGAAGUCGGGGGAUUUGGUUGGUGCAUCUGAGGUAUGGAACAAGAUGAUUUCUAUUGGUUGCUGUCCGAAUGUUGUAGCAUAUACUUGCAUGAUAGAUGUGCUCUGUAGGAAUUCCAUGUUUAAUCAAGCGUAUAAUAUUGUAGAAACUAUGGCAUCGAAUAAGUGUUUCCCCAGCACAAUCACAUUCAAUGUAUUUAUCAAAGGCUUAUGUGAUAAAGGUAGGGUGGAUUGGGCUGUGGAGUUGUUCGAUGAAAUGGAAAAGUAUGGGUGCGUACCUAAUGUUAUCACAUAUAAUGAAAUGUUGGAUGGUCUAUUUAAGGCGAAUAAAAGUAGUCGUGCAUUUGAGCUUGUUAGUGACAUGGAGGACAGGGGAAUUAAGUUUAACUUAGUAACAUACAACACAAUUAUACACGGGUUGUGUUUGUAUUCUAAGUUUGUCGUUGCAGAGAAGCUUUUUGGGAGAAUGGUGAUCCAGGGAGUGGAGCCUGAUGCCUUUACAUUAAAUAUGUCACUUUAUGCUUAUGCUAAGCGCGGCAAGGUUGAGUCUGCCACUCGUCUCUUGCAGUCAUUUAGAUGCUUUGGCUUGUAUCCGGAUAUAGUUUCGUACACUAGUUUGAUUAGUGGCUUAAGUGAGCAUGUUGAUUUAGAAGUAGCUACUACUUAUGUCGACAGAAUGGUGACUGAAGGAAUCCUCCCAAAUAUAUGCUUGUGGAACUUUCUAGUUCGGAUUUUUGUUAGCAAGGUCGGGUAUCUUGGAGCCGUGGGACAUAUGGACGCUGUACUGGCUAGUACAUGAAACUCUUCCAUUAAUAGAGGAGGGUUCAAAAUUGUAGCUUGUCGAUGAACUGAUGGACAGAUCAAAAUCAGACAUAUGCUGUUGGGAUGAAUCUCUCCUAAAGUUCCUCAUGUGCUGCUCAGUCUGAUCCUCAAAUUUGGGAGAAAUCGGGGGAAUAUUCUCGUAGAGGUGUAGCCGGAUUUACUGUAAUAUUCUCCCAGGCGAGAGAUGAAAGGCAGAAAGCCAAGGCGGCGCUCCUCCUCCUCCACCGCCAGUGGAUUCCUAGUCGUCUCCCCAACAUGCUCGAAGGUAUUGAUUGCUCAAAUGCACGGACUUGAAGCCAACGGCGACGAGGAGGAGGAUGAUGAUGAUUUUGAAGGGUUCUCUGGGAUCUAGAUCAAAUUUGGGCAAUGGGAAUUUCAGGAUGAUAUUAAUGAGGAGGAUAAGAAGUUGCUGGAAGCCUUUCUAUCGAAAGAGGAUCGACCUCAGCGCACAUUGGCCCACAUUAUUCUUGAGAAGAUUAAACAAACUGAUGCUCAAGUAUCUUCAGUCAAGGACAUGUACUUUAAGUGAAGCCAUCAUUGUUGGGAGCAUCACUGAGAAGAUUUCAAUUCCCUCUCUAUAAUCAAGUGUGGCAUGUUGAAGCUUGCAGAGAUGGAAUACUAUGGUACAACGAGUAUCCAAAACUAUCGAGGAAGGCAGGUUUGAUGUUCCAUUAAGUGCCAAUGGAAGAAGACUCACCAAUUUCUUCCUGAAUUUUGAUUGCCUAAAUGACCUUACUGUGAUGUUCUCAUCGUCCGGGUUGAGAUCAGCUGGGAAUAACCCCUGUCAGCGCCAUGCUAUGUUUAUCUGAGUGACCCAGACAUUCAACAUGGGACAGAGGGAGUAUAAAAUAUUUUGUAUUUUAUUUAUUACGAGAAACCCUAUUGUGUUAAUGUAAAGCUUGCACAAAAUAUUUGUUCAAAACUGAUUUUUGAUUCUAAAUAAAAGACCUAAGUUAU